GCUAUGCUUAAUCAACAGAAAGUACAAAUGGAGAUGCAAAGCACAAUCCAAGCUCAACAAGCCCUAAUAGAGCAAUUGGAGUCUCAACAGGCCAUGGGUGGGCCUGUUGCACCAGCUGCUACACAUGUGCAUUCACAACAACAAUCCCAUGCAUACACCUCAUCAUUUAAUUGUCAUCGUUCGUCCGAGGAAAGUGAUGCAGAUAAAUUGAAUAGGAGGCUUGUUCGCUUGAAGUCAACAAACCGUACUCGAGAAAGGUUGAGGCGUGAUGGCUUUUUGGGAUUGUUUGGACACAAGGUUGAUCUUUUAGAUUACCAUGAAAAGAAGCUACAAGACUUGGAAGUCAACAAACCGUACUAAAAUUUUUUUUGGUUGUCUUGAGUUUCGAAAACUCAAUGUGGGCAUGGAAUCUUUUGUUUGAAUUGCGUCCUAUGGAAACAAUGUGUUACUGACUCAUGGUUGUUUAGAUGUCUUAGUUGACAAUAUGCAUGUAUAUGACACUAGAUGUGAAAUUUUUACUUGAAAUGAUGAUUCUGGUGAGAUUAUAUUAUGCAUGUA